CUGAAGCUAUCGAUUCAUAGCCAUUUUUGGACGAGACAGGCAGUAGCGUGAGGCAGGAGCGAGUUGCGGCGAGGCCCCCGACGGAGAGUGUCUGGGUUCGGCUACCUGCGGGAGGGACGGCAUGACGCUACCGCAGCCAGUUUUGCAGGUUAUGAUCGCAUGUGAUGGAGGACGUGAAUCCCGUAAACGCCGAGGACUCCCUUAUAGAAGGCGUUAGUGACUCUGUCCUUGCUGUAGUCGUUUUAUGCGUUGCUUUUCUGGGUGGACUCGUGACACUUGUGUGCAGAACUGAGCAGAAUAUCCACCCAGAAAACCAGGAGCAUGUGCAAGCAGUCCGUCGGCAUCUUCAGUCAGACCAGGACACGCCCACAGAGCCUCGGCAGCCCUUCUACACAGACAUGUCAUGUCCCAUCUGCCUGCAGCAGGCCUUGCUGCCUGUGGAAACAAACUGCGGCCAUCUUUUCUGUGGUUCCUGCAUUAUUGCAUAUUGGCAGUAUGGAUCCUGGCUGGGUGCCAUUAAUUGUCCCAUCUGCAGACAAACGGUCACCCUGCUGUUCCACCUCUUCCGACAUGAUAGCCAGCCCGCUGAGGUUCCGGAGGGUCAGCCGGAUCCGGGCCGGAUCUUGGAGGACAUCAAUGACUACAACCGAAGAUUUUCAGGCCAGCCAAGAUCUCUAAUGGACCGCCUGCGCGAUGUGCCCACCUUGCUCCGGCACGCCUUCAGGGAGAUGUUCUCCGUGGGCGGGCUCUUCUGGAUGUUCCGUAUCCGCAUCCUGCUGUGCCUGAUGGGGGCGCUGACCUACCUGGUGUCCCCGCUGGACUUCGUCCCCGAGACCCUCUUCGGGCUGCUGGGCUUCAUGGAUGAUCUCUUCGUCAUCCUGCUGCUCUUCAUCUACAUCUCCAUCAUGUACCGUGAGGUGGUCACCCAGCGGCUGGCAGGCUGACAUGGAGACCUUUGAGACUGAGCCCGAAUCAGUGAUUCCUUCACAGCUGGAAUUUUUGUCGGUGGAACCUGCGUUGUAUCUGUGUGAGCAGUUUGAACCUCUGUAACUGUUUUUGCCAGAUCCUGGUGGCAUGAACCCCCCCCCCCCCCCCCCCCCCACCCUCCGUGUGUUUUUUGUUUACUGCUUCCUCCGGGACGCCGAUGGCUUUGAACCUGCUUCGCUUCACUUUUAUGUUAGAUUGUAAUUAAUUUAUUUCUAGAAUUCCGUCCACGUUAGCACAAGAAAAGAGCGUGGAGUUCAGGCUGCUCCAUCCUGCCAUCUGCCGGCUGAGGCAGAUGUUUUGAAGUACACUGGAAGCUGUGUGAAUUUGUACGAUGGGGAGAUGUCGUGCUCAGGGUUCCUGGCUGCUGGCAGUGUUUCUGCCGAUGUUGCCUUGACUGUUUUGACAGUAAUGACUCCCAGGGCAGUGCAAACAUCUCAUUUUUAUUUCGUUGUUUUGAAAUAAAGCCUAUUCCGAAUUGUA